AUGCCUGAAACUUCUUUCAUAUGAAAAGAACCUCUCUUCAUAUCAAAAAUAUGUGAAUAAAACAGCUCUGUAACCAUACGGUUCAAGAUUUUGCUAUGGGUUUACAGGCCCGAAAAGUUUCCGGGGCUUUCGAGAAAUGGGCCCCAGGUUUGUUGUGGAACCCUUAAGUUAAAUUCGUAAGGAGGUAUUAUCGUUUAAGGCAAUUCAUUUAUAAAUGACUGAACCCAAUCUUAACUUAAGGUGAUUUUAGUUACUAUGUGCCAUAGGUAAGUUAAUAAACUGAAUGUUUUCUUGUCUUCAAUUAUGAAAAUGAAUGAUUCUGAGGCAGCCAAGUGUAUACUAGCGACUUGCUUCGUAACUCAAAUUUUCUUUCAAUGCACACCUUUGAGGUAGGAUCAGUUUGCCUCCUAUCAUCUGCAGGUCAAAUGAUAUGAUAUAUUUUAUGGGACGCUUUUUAACUGAGUUCUGUGAACUUGAAAGUAAUCCAGUCACAGCGACCAAUCAGAUCAGAGGUAGAUAUCACAAUGAACCAAGGAGAACCUUGUUAAGCCUACAAUUAACAUAGAGCAUAGGAAAACGGCUUCAGCUUGUCAUCUGAUUCGUUGGGAGGAAGGCGCAAGUUUUCUUAGCCAAUCAGAGAGCGUGAGAAUCCCCCCUCCCCCCCGUAUAUUUUAUAAUAAUAAUAAAUAAUAAAUAAAUAUUUUGCUGAUUAUCCAUUCCUGUCGAGGUAAGGUUACACACCCCUAAAAGAAAGAAGUGCUAAUUUAAAACUGCGCAAUAACCCAAACAAUGUUCAAGAAGCGUUGCCUGACAAAUUAAAACAAUUUUUUUGUUCUGAAGCAUACAUCAUCUUACAGGGCUAUGCUCUGGAGAAAACAGGUUGCAAAAGUGCCAAUAGCUUUUAACAGGAUCUGAAUAAACAACAGCCUCCAGUCCACUUCACCAUAGAACCAGAGAAAGGCAGCAUUUAACUUGCCAUUGCUUGCAACGCAACUUCAAGAGAAGUGAACGUUUUCCUGUCUAGUCAAGAAAGGUGCUCAAAAGUAGAAAUUACUUUUCUGCUGGUCUUACAUUCUAAAUAUUGAAUUUUUUUCAGCUGUUAUUGAUUACUUAAGCGAGAGUGAGGGUUGUGUAUCGUGUUGUGUUACUUCCAAAGUGAGCGUGACUACUUCACAGUGUCAUAAAUACGAUAUGAAUCUAUGUCCACACAUUUUUGAAGACAACAUUCAGAGAAAUCUCUAAGGCUAAAUAGAUAACUUCCAAAUAUGACUAUUAGCCAGAAUAAAUGCAGCGUUGCAAAAGUUCCUAAUCAUUACCCACUGUGGAGUCAUUGAUAUUUAGGCUAGCCUGAGCGUUAUUUUAAUUUAGACUAGGCGGAGCGCUAUUUCGCCAUUUGGUGUUUUAAACAUGCCCUUCUUAGAGCUUACAUCUGGAUGGAAAGUGAAUUGAAAACGCUAAGAAGCGGCCACGUGGCAUCUUUCCAAGUGGUCUCUGUUUGCAAUACCGCUGGCGUGAUGGAUAGUGGCUUCGAAAACAUUUGCCGGUUUCGGUGACAUGGCAAAUUCGAGCAUCAUUGCAUUCACCUUUCUUUGUUUUGCCGGUGAUAGAUUGGGUUCCUAGUUUCUAUACGUUGCAGAAACAUGUCCCUAGACUCUGAAAUACGUAAACGAGCGGACAUGAACGGAGAAAUGGCUUCAGAGCAAGAUGACAUCCUGAUAUCGUCAGAGAACACAAUGAAAGCCACGACCUCUCUGAAGAGUGAUCGAAAAUGGCUUAUUUUGAACACGCACUUGAACGCUGUUAUAUAUUCAUCUUGUUUUUGGGUUCAAAUUGGAGUCCUGCCGUAUUUAUCAAAGAAACUUGGAGCAGACCCAGUGGUGUUUGGAUACCUUCAGACUACAUUUGCUGUGGUACAGUUGUGCGGUGGGCCAAUCUUUGGAAGAUUUGGAGAUAUUUUUGGUAGCAGAGCAGCUCUUGUUCUGUCGUUUGCUGCAGCGGCUUUAAGCUACUCCAUUCUUGGAAUAGCAUCCACUGUAAGCAUGCUGUUUCUUUCAAGACUUCCUUCAGUUUUCAUGCAUGCAAUGCAAGGAUCACAAAUGGUUGUAACAGACAUCUCAGAUCAGGAAGGUCGUGCAGAUGCACUUGGCAAACUGGGUGUGUCAUAUGCAAUUGGAAUGGUUAUUGGUCCCUUUAUUGGUGGUCUCAUCACAAAGAAUUAUGGAGAACAAUCUGCAGCAUUCUUUGCAGCAGCUUUUUCAUUCAUCAGCAUCUUCAUAGCAUUACUUUUCAUCCCACAUAAUACCAAAUCAUUAUCAAAAGGUGACAAAUCUGCUGAAAAGCUGCCAACAGAUAACAAGGAACAAUCAGGCAGUGUUUUUAGUGUCCAGAAGAUCCUUGAACUCAUGAAGAUACCGACAGUGUUUUACUUAAUAACUAUCAAAGUCAUCACAGGAAUCCCGUUUGGAAUUUUCCAGUCCAUGUUUUCUUUGGUGUCCAUGGAAUUUUUUAAGUUGGAGCCUCAGCACAAUGGCUUUGUCAUGUCUUAUGUUGGAGGUCUUUCAAUUCUUGUUCAAGGCCUCAUUGUAGGUGUACUGUCCAGAAGAUUUAGUGAAGCUGUUUUAUUGAGAAGUGCUAUUUGUGUUAUUGCCUUGGCUUAUGCUCUUUUGUAUAUGGUAACUGAUAUCUACCAGUUCUGUAUUGUGAUCAUACCAAUGGUGGUUGGUGGGACAACGCUAAACGUCAUCACAACAUCUGCCAUGACAAAAAGUGUCGCAAUCAACAAAACUGGUGCAGUAUUAGGUCUCUCCAUGGCAACCAACUCCCUUAUACGAACUGUCUCCCCCACCCUGGGGAGUAUUAUGUAUAAGAACUAUGGAUGGCCAUCAUUUGGUGUUUUGGGGCUUGUUGUGAAUGCGGCUGUUGCACUGUUUUUAUUUCUUCAUGGAAAAGACUCGUUCUAGAAAAGACUAAUUUAUAAGUUAUUGAUAAUAAACUAAUACCAUAAUGUAGAGCUCUAACUAGAGAUUACUGGGUGCAAACAUUUCGCAUUCAAAUCAUUGCCAAAGAGUUUUGCAAUAAUGUAGAAGUUAUUCGUCUUCAUUGUUUUACUCAAAUAUGUUCAGUGAAACUUGUCAGUCACUCUCAUUACAAACAUAGCCACUUACCCACAAGCCUGGGCAAAGCUAAGAUAUGGGUGGCAAAAAGAAGCGUAUAAGUUAUAGACAGAGAUGUAAAGAAUAGGUACAAACUGCCAAAGUGGUGAUGGGAGCAUGUAAGCAUUGCGUACCGCCUAGUUUCUGGAUAUGUUUGCCAUGAGAACACAACAAGUUAUUCAACACAUUCUAGACCUAAUGUAGUUUCUUACCACAAUUUACACAUUUGAUGUACCUGUAAGCAUAAAAUGUACCACCAAAUGUCAUUGAAUUUUAGCAAAUUAUGAAAAAUAAAGUUAUGUUGCUUUUUUAAAAAAUCUGUGCUGAGUACAGUUUGUCUUAAUUGAUAGUCAUAGUCAAUCCAAAAAUAGCACUGCUAAGUGUUGCAAGACAUUUAUAUCACCUUGGUGGUUAGUGAUGUCUAUGAUGAAAACUGCCUCGACAGAGACCUUCGCCCCCCUUCUCUAGCAAAAAAAAUAGUUGGCAACCAACUGUUUAAGAGUGACCAUGUAGUUAUGAUGAAGAUCACCCCUGAAUAAUUCUGAGCACUCUCAACUUUUUGCUAUGCUGCCUGUAGUCUGCUUCUUGCUACAGGGUCUGAUAGGGAGAGUAUGCACUAGCUGCUCUCCAGCGUCUGGUCUUUAUUCCUCCAGCGCAGGCUCAUUUCCCAAACAGUGGCUUGAAAUCAAGCCUAGAGGAUGUGCACUUACUUCGGUGAAACAUGAACACAGAAAAGGCAGUUUAUGGACAAGAAGUGCACACUGCACCGUUGUUUCAUUCCAAUCCAUUCUUGAGUUAAAACUGGCAUACUCUUUUCCAGACGUUUAAGAGAAAAGCAGACUGCAUGCCAGACUGCAAGCGGUUAAACUUUUUUCAAACUAUGCGCAAAUGUUUUCAACAGUUUUUGCAACAUAUUUCCUUAGUGUCCCAAUUCC